AUGCAGCUCGUUGAGCAAGACGAAAUCCCGAUUAAAACAUUAAUCGACCAAGGUAUCGACGCUGAAGAUGUGAAGAAACUAGAAGAUGCUGGGAUCUAUACCUGCAAUCGUCUGAUUUACCUAACCAAGAAGUACCUCACUGGAGUCACAGGUUUAUCAGAGGCCAAAGUUGACGAAAUAUGGGAAGCAGCUGAGAAAAAAAUGGGGAUUCCAAUUCUAACCAAAAAUCAGAUGAAGAAGGAGCAAGCCUCCGCCGCACUAAUUUGGGAUGAGAGUGGCUCAGGUGAAGCCAUGAUUAUCUCUCAUAUGAUCGCGCAGGUUAAUAGUGUUAAGAAAGAUAUGUUGAAGCUUACAAUGGGAGUGCGAAGUGACAGUGAGCUAGAUUUUGUUGCGAGCGCCAUACAUAAUCUGGCAACUUCUGCUAGUCAAUUCCUUGCAUGCAGAAAGGCAACUUUUCCAGAUGAGUAUACUCGAGAUGAACAAGUCAAAUUGGUGCUAUUCCAGGAAUAA